AUGGCGGAGCCGACCGGGCCCUUCCACCUGCUGCGGGCCGGGCCGGGCCGGUACCUCUGCUACUGCCGCCCCGGCCCCGGCCCCGGCAGCACCGUCUAUGUGACCGACGCGCUGGAGGUCUGGGCCGGGGAGCUCGGCGCCCGCCCGCCGCUCGGCUGCCGCUGCCAGCCGGAGGAGCACGGCACGAAGCUCAGGGAGGCCUUGGGGCGGGGGGCCGCCUGGCUGAGCCUGGGCCAGGGGAAGGCCACGCUGCAGCUGCGGGAGGAGGCCCGGUGCUCGGCCCUGGAUCUCUUCAAGCUGCCCAUGGCCGAGGCGAGGAGCCAGCUCCAGGCGCUGGUGUUUGGCAUGGCGGGGCGCGUCGAGAGCCUGGAGAGACGACUGGAAGCAGUGGAGAUGCUGGCAUCUUCCUGCAGCCCUGAGAAGAACGCUGCCCGGAGCCAGCAGCAAUUCCUGCCAGACCCCAGCCCCAGGAAAAACAAGGGUGCUGGCUCAGCUUUGCCAGCCAAGAGGAAGAUCCCGGGAGAGUCUCUCAUUAACCCUGGCUUCAAAAGGUAAGUGCUGCUCCCAGGCCCAUGGACUCUGCUCUGUAGCUGCGUGGGGGCAGAGUGGGGGGCUUUGGGCUGUGAUACUCCUUCCAUCUCCUAGCAAGAAGGCACCGUCUGGAGUGGAUUUCGAGGACUCCUGACCUGUGCUGUCCCGUCCCCUGAUGACAGCCCUACCGGACCCUUGCCAGCAACGUGUGCUGGUGGAGGAGGUUUCACUGCGCCCCGGGCUCGCUGAGCCCCUUGCGCCCAGGGAGGCAGACAGGGCAAGCAGGACCCAGAGGGCUGGAGCCAGCGCCUGGCAGGCCUGAGCGAGUAGCAGAUCCUCAGCUGGUGUGGUGGCAGGGCCUUUGAGGGGGGACAGAUGGGGCAGGGCUGACAAAAGUGGUGGCUUUUUUCCCUGCAGCUCUUCCCUGCUGGCAGGGGCCACCUUUCUACCUUGCUUGUCAUGAAUUGAUGGGGUUUUUAAAGAACUUUUAUAUCGCCAUGUAACGAAAAGAUUACCUGUGCUUAACCUAUUGCCAGUAAAGGUGGUUUUGCCAGCCAGUCUGGGUA